AUGCAAAUCGAAGAAAGGGAACCUUUGUCGUCCGAUGAAGAAAACCCUAUAGAAAAUUUAUCUCUUGAACAUGUGAUACACGAAUGUGGAUCAUUUCAUCGAUAUCAAUUCAUCCAUUUCUUCUUUUUAAGUCUUUUUCCAAUUGCGUCCGGAAUUGUGAAUUUUUACUAUGUCUUUGGCGCAGCAGAAAAUCCCUAUAAAUGUCAAGUACCAACCACAACAAACCAAAGUUUAUAUAUAGAAAUAUCUCCCUCACAAUGCUCCUAUGAUAUAAUGGAUAAGUGGAAUCGAACAAUCGAAUCUCAUCCUUGUAGGAUUUGGGAAUAUGAUCGAAGUGUCUUCGGCGAAACAUUUACUAGUGAAGCAAAUUUUAUUUGUCAACGCAGUAUUCAUCGUUCACUUCUUGCAACUAUGUUGCAAAUAGGUGCCAUGUUAAUCUUCUUCACUGGACAUAUCGUGGAUACGAUUGGACGUCGUCGAUCGAUUCAUUUAAUAACUGCUCUGUUCUUGAUGACCUCUUUGAUUACACAAGCACUCUUACAAUUCGUGCCAAUGUCCAUAAAUCAAAAAUUUGGACUACUUCUCAUUAACCAAUUGAUAUCGGGUAUCGACACAUUUAUGGUUUCGUUUCUUCUCUUGAUGGAAAUAACCACGUCUGUGUAUGCGACAUUUGUCGGAAACUUAGCAUUGGUGGCGUUUGCCGUUGGUGAAAUCGUUAUCACUGGUAUGGCUUAUGUUUGUCGAGAUUGGCUCCGGUUGAAAUGGGUUAUAACGGUGUAUGUGCUUGCACUUGUACCUUACUUAUACUAUGUACCUGAAUCACCACAUUGGUUAUUAACGAAACAUCGUUAUGGUGAAUUGGAAAAACUCUUACGACAAAUGGCACGAUGUAACCGACGACCGGAAUCGAGAUGGUUUCCAAUUUAUCGAUAUGUCGUGGAUAGCCAUCGAAAGCAGAAGGAGAUCAAUAAAAAUAGGACAUCUAUAUUAUCAUUUACUGCUCGAGCACACCGAUUUCUAACGCAUAUACCAACAAUGAGUAAAUUAUUCAUAACUGGCUAUAUUGGUUUUAUCACGUUGCUUCUCUAUAUGAAAAUUUCUUAUAAUCUCGGAGCCAUGGAAGAAAUCAGUCCCUACAUAAACAUCAUUAUCGGUGCAGUUGCUGAAGCUGUCGGUUACAUCAUACCAAGUCUUUUCAUGAUAUAUUUCGGUCGAAAACCCAUAUUUAUACUUUUCCUUUUAUUUACAGUUCUUUAUUUAUGUAUCGCACCGUUAACUAUCCGCCAAGAUCGUUAUGUUAUUGUGAUUAUUGCUCAACUAGGAAAAUUUGCGAUUAGUGCUGCAGUUUGUGUCACGUAUAUAUUUGUGCCAGAAUUAUUUCCAACUUCAAUUCGUGGUACUGGUAUGGGCUUUUUUAUUUUACUCAGCCGAUUUGGAUCAACAAUUGCACCUAUGAUCGACGCGAAGAUUCAUCACAAUCAUUUACUAGAAACUUAUACGUAUUAUCUCUAUGCUUUCUUAACUUUUCUCUGUAUACUCUUGACGUUCUUAUUGCCCGAAACACGGAAUGUGCCAUUAGCUGACACCCUAGAUUAUACUCCGAAGAAAACGAAGAAGGCGUCAUCAAACACCUAA